AUGGCGGCGGCGGGCGGCCCCGGUGCAAGGAGCGGCUCCCGCGCGGUGCGGGACGUGGCCCGGAGCCUGGACCUGCGGCCCGAGGAGGUGCGGGACGUGCCCAGGAAGCUGCAGAAGGGGGUGAAGGUGGUGAUCGAGAAGCACCGAGCCCGGGUGGUCCGGGAGAAGGAGCCGCGGAGCCGCGGGGAAGGGACGGAGCCCGGCCCCGCUCCCCACCCGCAGCGCCGCGAAACCGCCCCAAAAUCCAAGAGCAAGGAGACGCGGAGCCGGGCAGCCCUGGGGAGCGCGACUGGCAGCUCCAAGGGAAAAGAAAGCAGCUUGACGGCAGCAAAGACACUUCAAGAACCCGCUGGCAGCACCAACAGCCCCGGUGACCUCGCCCAGCAGGAGGGAAGAGACAAAUUUGGGACAGGGGGCGAGCGGGUGCGCCUGGAAGUUGGGGCGGGAUCUGACCCCCCCGCGGGUGCUUUGCAUCCCGGGACGCUCCACCCGUCCCUGGCGCUCGGAGCUGGCGGUCGGGGGACAUCCAGAAAUGAGCUCGGCCUGCGGGGGCCGCGGGCCGGCGGGGAGCGAGUGCCCGAGCCCGUCCCGAGCCCGGGCACAGCCCCGCAGCUGCCUCUGCUCCACACGCCCCAAACCCAGCGGCCCUGCUCGGGGCACGCCUCGGGCAGCAGCGCCAGGGCCGGCGCCGCGGGCUUGGAGUGGUUUCCGGACUUGUAUCCCGAUUGGGAAGGGCUGAGGAUUUUUCCAGGGAAGCGUUUCCACGAGGAUGGCCUGGUUCAGUGCUUCACCCACACCUUGCUGCUCGACACAGCCGGCUCCGUCCUGGCCACGGCCACCAACUGGGAGGAGAUUGAAAUCCAGGAGGAGAGCGAGUCUGGGAGCAGCGUGACGUCCAAGAUCCGGCUGCCUGUGCAGCCCUCGUGGCACGUGCAGUGCCUCCUGUUCAGCCUGUGCCAGGAGGUGAACAGGGUUGGGGGGCACACCCUGCCCAAGGUCACCCUGCAGGAGCUGCUGAGGAGCUGCAUGGCAGAGGUGCUCGCUGCCUAUGGAAAGCUGGUGGAGCAGAAGCAGGAGAAGAGGCCGGACAGCUUCCCCCUGACCCAGAGCAGGGCUCUGCAGUUACUCUACGACCUGAGGUACCUCAGCAUCAUCCUGACAGCCAAGAGUGAGGACACAAAACCCAGCAGGUUCAAGCAGGACUCCAGGACUGAGAAGGUCAUCGACUUCCUGGAGGGACACAUCGACCCCUUCGACCUGGAUGUGUUCACCCCUCACCUGAACAGCAACCUGAACCGCCUGGUGCAGAGAACCUCGGUUCUCUUUGGCCUGCUGACUGGGACAGAGAACCAGUACACGAGCAGGGGCGGCACAGUGAGCUCGCAGGAGCUCCACAACAUCCUGCCCUUAGCAUCCAGCCAGAUCAGGUUUGGACUUCUGCCGCUGAGCAUGUCGAGCUCACGGAAGAGCAAGUCCACUGCCAGGAGCACAGAAAGAGUCCAGGGAGUGGCUGCUGCUGCCGUGCUGCCCAGGGAGGACGAGGCGGCUCGGCCGGGCUCCCUGUUCCGGCAGCUCGUCACCGACGACGAGGACACGGCGGCACCGUCCCUCUUCAGGCUGGGCUGGCUCUCGGGCAUGAGCAAGUGAGGCAGCAACAAUAAAACUGCUCUGGGUUUGUCUUCACUGA